AUGCAUGUGUGGAAGUACUUAUCAUUAUUGUUGUCCGCCGCGGCGGCCAACCCGCUCAGUGUCCGAUCGACCGCCUGCAACAACUCUCCCGAUCUCUGCGACAAGUCCUACGGUGCCAUCACGCAUUUGGGGGCUCAUGACAGCCCUUUUGUCCGGACUUCAGAUAGUGUCCUGGCGGGUAAUCAAUAUUUUGAUACUCCGACGCAACUCAGUGCUGGUGUUCGACUCGUCACGGCCCAGGUUCACAAAGAUAAUAAUCAAUGGCGACUAUGCCAUUCAUACUGUACCCUGAUGGAUGCAGGCCGGUUGAGCGACUGGCUUGCUACGAUCAAAUCCUGGCUGGAUGACCAUCCUAAUGAAGUUGUCACGGUCCUUCUUGUCAACUCAGAUGGAGCCUCAGCCGCCGAGCUCGGGGCUGAAUUCACCACAGCCAACAUUACCAACUACGCCUGGCAGCCCGAGUCACUGACAACGCCCCCUGCCUCAUGGCCAACCCUGCGAACUAUGAUCAACUCGGGAAAACGGCUGGUUGUCUUCGCGACGCCAUUGACGACAAGCACGUCCUACCCAUAUCUCAUGUCUGAAUUUGACUUCAUCUGGGAGAACAACUACGACGUGACAACACCGGCCAACUUUUCCUGCGAGCCCAAUCGGCCAUCCUCACUGGCCGGCUCCCUGUCUACAGCACUAUCGAGCAACCGGCUCCCCUUCAUGAACCACUUCCUGUACUCUACGGACCUGGCGGCCCUGCAAAUCGAAUACCCGAAUGCCAGCUACGUUUCCACGACAAAUGCGCCCUCCGGUGGAAACGGCAAUCUCGGCACCGCUGCAACAACCUGCAAGGCUGCCUACCUUGGUCGACAGCCGACUUUCAUUCUGGUCGACUUCUUCAAUAAGGGUCCUGCAUUGGAUACGGUGGACAGUCUCAACAACGUGACCAACGCGGUCGGUCGUACAACGGUCUCCUCAUCACCUUCCUCUACUUCCUCCAGUGACGCGAGUAUGAUCGGCAAUGUGUUCAAGGGGCUGGUUGAGCUGGCAAACUCGGCCAAGUCUGGAGCGAGUCCAAGUGUGGGAGCGUGGAUCUGGGCUGGCGGCAAUUGGAACAGUGUCUUGGGUGGUGGCAUCUCCUUUUAG